UGGAGGAGAAUGGCGGCCCCUGAGGACAGCGAUGCGUGGGCUCUGGAGCCCGUGGUGAACCAGUGGGUGCUGGACUACUUCUUCCACCUGGCCGUGCUGGCCUUCAGGAGCAGUCGCCAUGACGACUUCGCGGAGCUCCGGGACAUCGUGUCAGUUUUAAUCCAACGUCCCUUUAAAUUUAUGGAAAAGAACACGCAGGUCCUGCGCAUUUUGCAGUGUUUGUCCCGCAUUGAAGAAGGAGAUGAUCCAGAUUGCGCCUUUGAUCAGGACAGCAGCGAGACUCCCCUUGAAUCUGCGGUGGAGGUUCUUAACAUGGUGAAGAAUGAGAUGACGCUGGAUAAAGAUGUCAUAGAAUCCAAUAUGCAAAUGUUAAAAGAAUCGGCUGUGGUGGCAUGUAUAAAAAAGAAACAGUUUAGUAAAGCCAGCAAUAUACUGAAGAAAUACAUUUCAAGUGGCAAUGAAACCAAGAAACUGCGGGCAGAGCUUCAAUAUAUUAUCUCCAAGAAGAACUGUAACCAUCCCAUGAUAGCAAGCUUUUCCUUGAGCACCAUCAAGCAGAAGGCGUACAAAAUGUUUGAGGAAUCGAUUAAGCAGACUCCAUGCUUCCUGAUGACCCUUGCUCAGAAAGAUAACCCCGAGAUAAAUGCAAAGCCUGCAGAACCCAGUGUUUCAGAAGCAGAAGCCCGGCAUGAUGUGGAAGAGCCUCCCACUAAGGAUAUCCCAAGUUCAUCAGAUAUGGAUCUCGCAAAUCCCCGGCAGGAAAAAGACUUGCAGACACCAACUGAAGUAAGGUCAGAAAUAGACCGUGGCCCGGUUUAUAGCCUUUCUGCCAUUAAAUCCACAUGGCGAUCACUAUGUGAAGACCGGGACCCAGAGGCUAAAUUCAGGGAACUUUGCGACUCGUCUUUCUGUAAACAAGCCAGCACUACUCAAACUGUCUCUGUCGAAACACCCAACAGUAAGAGGCCUCCUGCUUGCACCCCUAGGGAGGAUUUGCCGUCUUCAGGAGAACCUGGACAGCUUGGUCCUUCACCUGCCAUAUCUCUUCACCAGCUGGUCAUGGAGCCCGAUAGUCAGCAGGACAAUGAGAUUGAAGAAGAGAGACCAAGCAAAGCUUCUACUCCAGAAGAGAAAAGUGCUAACUCAACUGUGCGAAGAUUGUUCAAUUCACCUCCUGUAAACAAGAAACGAAAACAUAAUGCUUCAAACAAGUCCAACACAGAAGAGCAAGACACAUGGAGUGAGGAGGAUGAACUGUUCAGAGCAAGAAAUCAGAAAGCUGCAAAGGCCGACAACACAACCACCAAUGGAAUUAGAAAACAGAAAUGGACUGUAGAGGAAACGGAGUGGAUCAAACUCGGAGUAAAGGAAGUGGGUGAAGGCAACUGGGCGAAAAUCCUCAAAAGAUUCCCUUUCCAUAACCGGACUAGUGUCAUGAUCAAGGACAGAUGGCGGACGAUGAAAAAACUCUCCCUUGUGUGAUACACUCCAGCCAAAGCCCAAUCCCUACUUCUCCUUUUAUGGUGUCAUUUUGUAA